AGGCCUAAAAUCACGCCGUUUUCUCUCUCUAAAGCAAUCCUAUCACGCCCCAACCAAACCAAAGUACCAAACCCCAACCAUAUGGCUCGGGCCCUUUCAUGCCAAAGCCUGAUGCGGUUAACCACCGUGAAGCCACCGUCGCGUCUGGUGACCUUGCGCGCCCAAUCUAACCAACCCUCCAUUUACCACGAGGACCUCUCGUCGGAGGGGGCGUCAAGCUCGGAUCCACUGUUGCAGAGACUGGAGGAUGCAAUCCACCGCAUCAUGGUGAAGCGGUCUGCGCCCGAUUGGCUUCCUUUCCUUCCUGGGUCAUCGUACUGGGUCCCUCCUCCGCGAUCCCAAUCCCACGGGAUUGCUCAGUUGGUCGAGAAGCUCGCCAAUCCGAUGACCGAUGAGGAGACCAUGUCCACGACCACCGUCAGAGGCUGCCCCUCCGCGGAUUAUUUUAUUAAGGGGGCACCAGUGCAUUCUGUUCAUUCUGAGAUGACUUCCAAGAAUGUUUCUCAGUCUGAAGAUGAGGAAGGAUGAACCAUGUCUUCCAAAAAAAAAAUCAGUCAGAUAUGGCUUAUUUAACGUUGUAGAACUUUGUAGAAGAUCUAGCAAGACAACUUGGCCUUCUCGAGGAGCUGUAUAGAUGCAAACUUGUUUGCCAUACGAAUAAUUUCUCUGAAUGCUGGUCUCUUGAAAAAAGAAAGACUUGUAUCAUUUUAUAAACUUGUUGAAGUCGCUAGGAGAUGUUUUUUUAGGUUGGACUGCAUGUUUCCUGUACCUUUGACCAUCAAGGUAAUCAUCUUUGUUGUGAUUUCAGAGCAUUUAGCCUGUUUAGUUCACAUGUAAAUAUGCUUCGUAAAAACAUGAGGAAUGCAACUGUAUUUUGUUUUUCUUUUA